AUUACAGCAAAUUCUGAAGGCAGCAUCGAUAAAAUUCUUUCCCCGCCACGGUUCUUCUCAUCAAUCUGUGUCAACAACCAUCAACUUGCCAGAAUUUGGAGCUUUUGAGAAAUUUCCCCUCAAAAUUAUCUUACAGUUUCUUGCAAUUCUGUGUACGCUGCUCAAAUCUGGGCUGUGUUUCUAAGCUGGAGAGAAUAUGUGGUGUAUUUGAUUGUGUUCAAUUCUCGGAGAAUGAAAUCAGCAAGAGUUAUUUCUGACAUUUCCAAUCUUCAAGGCUAGAGAAUUAUCCUGAUUUGGUUUGAAUUCGAUGGCGAUGCGCGGAGAUUGCUUUCUGGCAUUGUUUUUCUGUUAUGCAGUUGUUUCGGAGGUGACCAAUGCGUCGCUUUGGGAUUCAAGAAAGUUGUUAGACCCGGCUUCAAAAGAUAACUCUACCGGAACGUCACCUGUUUUGCCUCUCAUCAGUCCGAAUUCUUCUACGAAUCACUCGGAUUCUGCACCCGUUGAUGGAAAGAAGCAACGUGAAUCACCCCCGCCUGCACCGAACAACUCAUCGUCUAAUCUGGAUUCGAAAGGACUCAAUAAUUCGAGUUCUGGUAGUUCGCAUAAUGUUAGCGAGGCUGGUAAUGGUAAGCCUUUGGACACAAACAAGGGAAACAGGACUGAAGGCGGUCUUCAAUCAAGUAAUCGUGAAAUUUGUGAUGGUGUACCCGACAACAAGAAGUGCAGGGACCAGAAGAAGUUGGUUGCUUGCAUUCAAAGUAAUAUAAUUGAGUCCAAAGAUUUGGCUGUUCUAGUCCUGAACAAAGGAGAAGAUACGCUAGAUGUGAAUGUUACUGGAGGAAACUUUUUCAAGGGGCUUAAGAUUUUAAAACAUCAUUCAAAAAGGAUCACCAUUCCACUGACGACCUUAAAAGACACGAAAUUAGUAUUAGAUGCUGGAAAUGGGGAAUGUGUGCUUUACACAAGCCCUCUUGUUUCUGGAGAAGACCUUUUUCUGCAUCUCCCUUCAUUUGACCAGCUAGUAACACCAGUCAACGGUGCUUACUUCUUAAUUCUUGCAGUCCUAAUCUUUGGGGGGUCCUGGGCUUGCUUCAAGCUUAGGAGGAGACAAGCGGGCGGUAUCCCAUAUCAAGAGCUUGAAAUGGCACUGCCAGAAUCUUCCUCAGCUGUCAAAGUUGAAACUGCUGAAGGUUGGGAUCAGGGUUGGGAUGAUGACUGGGAUGAAGAAAACGCUGUGAAAUCGCCAGGGGGACGCCAUAUUGGAAGCAUUUCAGCUAAUGGCCUUACUGCUAGACCCAACAAAGAUGGGUGGGAGAAUGAUUGGGAUGUUUAGUUAAUCAAGCAACCAUAAGAGAACAAAACUUUCUGGUCCCUCGACAAUCAAGCAACCAUGAAAGGGGACAAUGUGAAGCACAUAAUGUUACCACUGAGGUCAUUCCCUGGUUGAAUGUAAACCUUCCUCCCAUUUCUGAUUAGAUUAUAGAAUUUGUAGCUAUCUCAUCCUCUGUCAGAAGCCAUAAUAGCCGAUCUGGUCCAUACAAGUUUUUGGGUUUGUUUUGGUGGGAUGUAGAAUGCAUGUCUCUUUAUGCUUUUUCCUUUUUCCUUUUUCCUUUUUUGAAUUCCUACUUUAAGAAUACAGUUCCCAUAUUUUUACACGAUAGCUUACAAUAUAUAAAUGUUCAUGUAAAAUUAUGAUGGUGUCUGCCAUUACAAAACCUUGCCAAGAGAACCGUAAAUAACACAAUGCACACUCUUCUGGAUUA